AUGUCUGUGUUCCUACAGGCCAGCUGGUCAGCUCACGAGGGCCCAGCAGCUGGGCUGGUGUCCUCAGCUCUCUGUUUGCCUCCCCAGCAACAUUCCAAUGCGUCCCAGUCCCUGUGCGACAUCAUCCGCCUGAGUCGGGAGCAGAUGAUCCAGGUCCAGGACAGCCCAGAGCCUGAUCAGCUGUUGGCCACCCUGGAGAAGCAGGAGACGAUCGAGCAGCUCCUAAGCAACAUGCUGGAGGGAGAGCAGAGCCAGUCUGUCAUCGUGAGCGGGAUCCAGGUGCUGCUGACCCUGCUGGAGCCCAGAAGGCCAAGGUCUGAGUCUGUGACCGUGAACAACUUCUUUAGCAGUGUGGACGGGCAGCUGGAGCUCCUGGCCCAGGCGACCCUGGACAGCACCACGUCCAGUGUAGGCGCCCUGCACGCCCUGCGCCCACGCCUUGGCCGUUUCCACCAGCUCCUGCUUGAGCCCCCCGAGCUGGAGCCGCUGCGUACUACAUGGGGCAGCCUGGCCCCACCACUGGGCAACACCCGGCUGCACGUGGUCAAGCUGCUGGCCAGCGCCCUGAGCGCCAACGAUGCAGCCCUGACCCAGGAGCUCCUGGCACUGGAUGUGCCCAACACCAUGCUGGACCUCUUCUUCCACUACGUGUUCAACAACUUCCUGCAUGCUCAAGUGGAGUCGUGUGUGAGUGCCAUGCUGAGCGCUGGGCCUCCUUCCGACAGUGGCCUCGAGACACCUGCUCCAAACCCCGUCGUGAAACAUCUGCUGCAGCAGUGCCGCCUGGUAGAGCGCAUCCUGACCUCCUGGGAGGAGAACGACCUCGUGCAGUCUGCAGGGGGCCCUCGCAAGGGCUACAUGGGCCACUUGACAAGACUGGCCAAUGCCCUGGUGCAGAACGCGGAGAAGGGGCCCAACGCUGAGCAGCUGGGGCAGCUGCUGAAGGACCUGCCCAGUGAGCAGCAGGAGCAGUGGGAGGCCUUCGUGUCCGGACCCCUGGCAGAAACUAACAGGAAGAACACAGUGGACCUGGUGAGCACCCACCACCUGCACUCCUCCAGCGACGAUGAGGACGACCGGCUCAAGGAGUUCAGCUUCCCGGAGGAGGCGGUGCUGCAGCAGGCCUUCAUGGACUUCCAGAUGCAGCGCAUGACCUCUGCCUUCAUCGACCACUUUGGCUUCAACGACGAGGAGUUUGGGGAGCAGGAAGAGAGUGUGAACGCGCCAUUCGACAAGACCGCCAACAUCACCUUCUCCCUCAACGCCGACGACGAGAACCCCAAUGCCAGCCUGCUGGAGAUCUGCUACAAGGACCGAAUCCAGCAGUUUGAUGACGAGGAGGACGAGGACGAGGACGAGGAGGAGGGCCAGGGCUCCGGGGAAUCUGAUGAGGAGGAUGGUGCCUGGCAGGGCCGCCAGCUGGCCAGGGGAGCCCGUCUGGGCCAGCCCCCGGGUGUGCGAGCCACUGACGUGGCAUUGGUAUGCCUUCGCUCCAGUACAGGAGAGGCGGUGAUGGUGUCUCCCGUACAGGCUGUGACCAGCUCUCUGCACACCCCAGAUUCGUGCCUUGUGAACAGGUGCUCAGGGCCUUUGUCCCUGUGGUUUCUGGCUUGA